AUGUCACGUAGAUUAACCAGUGGUAUAGUAUUACUAUCAGGAAUAUGUAUAGCAGUUGGAAAUGAGUCUGCCAUCCUUAAUGUUGACCUUUGGUUUAGUAUGUUAGGAGUAUGUUUAGGAUUAGAGGGUUAUAGAUUAGAUUUGAGCUUCAUCCAAGAGAGUAAUAUAGGUAAACUAGUAACAGAAACUUCUACGUUAUGA